AGAGCCCAAGACCAUUUUUCCAUUUCUCAUCGGCUUAAACGGGUCCAAAACCCUUUCUCUUCUCUCCCAAUUCUCUCUGGCUAGUGGCUAGUAGAGUCCCAAUCCUUCCUCUGAUGAGCUUAGUGCCAUUUCUGCUGAGCCAAUAUUACUAAUAGGCAGUGAUUGAGAAAUAAGGCAUUGAUAUAUUGUGCUGAAGAGCUGUAGUGGGUUUUCAGAAAAUGAUACGAAUCUUGAAGAUUAAGCCCCUAAUAUCUACGCUUGAGUCUUCAAGCCACCAGUUCCUUCAAAGGUGCUCUGUGAGUGGGACUGCAAAGGGUAAGUCGAAGACGAAGACUGCAGCUCCUCUGAAGCGCUCAAAGAUAACUACAAAAAAAGGUUCUGGAGAUGGUGCUCCUAAAGGUGCAGGAGGAAAAAGAUAUGCUGAAAGAGAAAAGUUUUAUGAGCAAUGCUUAAGUGCCCCCACCCCUGUCAGGUACUUGACGGAGAAAGAGAGAAAGCGUGAAGCCGAGCGAGAGAAGUUGGGACUUAUUAGCAAAGAUCAACAGCGUGAAAUUGAUAUGAAGAAAAAGAAGAAGCCAGAAUUUCAGAUCUCAGAAAAACCAACAGUUAUUGGACCUCCGGGUUUGGAUUUGAUAUCACUUGGUUUGGUUGAUGAGGAGAAAUUACCAAAAUAUGAACUGACUGCUGAAGAUGGCCAGCGGCUUGCCAAGGAGUAUAGCAGGGUGUUGAUGAGGCGUCACCGGGCAAGGCAAGCAGCAGAGUCAACACUUUUGCAUUUGAAGAAGGAGGCUAUUGAGGCAUUGCCUGAACAUUUGAAAGCAGCAGCAUUGGUGCCAGACAUGACUCCAUUCCCAACAGAUCGGUUCAUGGCAACUCUGACUCCUCCAAUUGAAGGCUACAUCGAGAAGGUCAAGGAAGCUGCAAGGAGGAGCAGUGAGAAGGGGAAGCUCAGAUAACCAGAGGUAGAGUUAUGCUUGCAUAUUAGGAGUUAUUUGGUUGUUGGAACACUAUCUAUUACUGAAGUCAUAGACUGUCAGGAGCUGAAAUUUGACUUCAGGAAGUCGGCACAGUUACAGCAAAGUGAUGAAAAGUGUGGCUGAAUUAGAUCUAGUACUUGUGUUUUAGUUAAUAAUAUGCCUGCAUGCUUUUGGUAUUUCCUUGUCGGGCUAAAAUUUGUAUUGUGACCAAAUUGUUGAAUUUUACAUGUUUGCUAGGUUUCAUAGUAAUUUUUGUUUAUUCUA